GAUUGUCCGAUUAUAUUUAUCUACCGUGACCUGCAGGUAAAUCAGGGAUUUGCCUAGGGUUCAUCGUUGUCCGCCCCUACCCGACCAUUGAAUCCGCCCAGCAUGUCCGCUGUCGAGGUGUUCGAGCAUGCCUUCUACAUCGGCAGCUAUAUGAGCGGUAUUCUCUAUGGCGUCGAACUCGUCGUGUACUUCGCGACGAUGCGCGCGCUCCUUCGCAAGACUACACAAGUGCGCUCCGACCGCUUCUUCAUGGCAUACAGCACCGUGCUCCUUAUGCUCGUCACGAUCGAUGUCGCGACAAACGCCGUUUGGUGCGAGCAGAUGCUCAUCACCUUCGCGUCCCAGACGGGCGGCGCCGCCGAAUUUAUCGCGACGCAGGCGUCCGUGUGGUACGAGACGCUCUCUUCGACAUCGGUCGUCGCGCUUAUAUUCAUGAGUGAUGCCCUUUUGAUCUAUCGUUGCUUCAUCCUCUGGAGCUCCAACUAUUGGAUCAUCUUCCUCCCUGUACUCACUUACCUCGGCGCCUUUGCCCUGGCCGUGUGUGAGCUUGUCGCGGCUGGGGUCCCGGGCGGCGACUUCUUCGCUGGGCGUUCCGUCAACUUCGGCGUCCCCUACUAUGCGAUGUCCAUCGCGCUCAACCUCCUCUUGACGCUCCUCAUUUGUGCGCGCCUGCUCUACCUCUCGCGCUGGGUCAGCACCGCCAUGGGCGCGGAAGGGGCACAGCUCUACACCAGCGUGCUCGCGAUUCUGCUCGAGAGCGCUGCACCGUAUAGCGCGGUCGGCAUCAUGUUCCUCGUGCCGUACGCCCGUGGUUCCGGCGUGGCGAUCGCGUUUGGGCAGGUCUGGGCAAAGAUAACGUGUUUGUCCCCGCAAAUCAUCGUGUACCGCGUCGCGACGCGCAGGGCGUGGGACCGCGCGACCGUCGAGGGUGCAGCGGCCUCGAUGGAGUUCGUCACCGCGGGAACGUCUACUGCACAGCUAUCGACGAUAGUGGUAGGGAAGGACACUACUAGCAUACCGGGCGGAAGCGAGUCGAGACUUGGCAGUCCCCUCCGGGAGAAGGUGGCUAGACGUUUAGGAAGCGAGCGCAGUUUCAACGCUGCGGAGCUACCGGUGUAGGCUGCUUUGGUCGCAUCUGUUGUCCUAGAAUGAGGGGCGAUGCUCUUGAUCUUGGAAAUUAGGCAUGUACUUGUAGGAAUUGACCAAGAGUACCGCACGUUAGCGUAUUUUGAAUGUGUAUAAUGGAGGCCGCAG